CCUUUCAAACACUGCCCCCUCUCACUCUCUCCUCAGGCUCCCAGUGUGGUGGUAACCCUCAGCUGAAAUAGGGCCCUCGAAGGGUGGAGGCAGCACACUGAAGCCAGGACCUGUCACAUUACUCCUCAGCUCCACAUUGGGACCAGGGCACCUGAAUACAGGCGGUGAGGGAGGGUAACAGACUGCCAGUGAGAGUAGACCAAACACAAGGAAACAAGGACGCGUCUGCAGCAGCAACAGGGUCCAAGUUGUUGGGACUUGGGAGACACUUUUUCUUCUUCAGCCAAGGGAAUCACACAGAUUGUGGUUAAAGUAUCAAAGCUUCUUUCUAAGACUUUGGAUCUGUUUGAAAAAGAGACAACACAAUGGAUAAGGAUGCUUUACUGGACUAUGAGUACCCGGACCUGUAUCCUCCGCCAAAGAAAAUGGAAGUUGAAGUAAUCCCUUCAUGUGACCCCACCGCUGAUGACAACCUCUACCACAUAUGCAUCACUGCAAUAUCCGUUGUUAUCAUGCUCAUCCUAGCGAUUUUAGCAAGGCGAACAAAGGCGGGCAACAAACAAAAAGGACUCCUAGGUUUACUCAGUCCGGUCAACUUCCUGGACCAUACACAGCACAAGGGCCUGGCAGUGGCUGUGUUUGGAGUCCUCUUGUGCAAACUAUGUGGCCUGAUCCUAUCGCCAAACCCCCUCCCCUUCACAACAGACUCAGAGAACAAACAGAACUGGGUGAUUCUGGGGGUUUUCUACUACCCCGCACUAUACUACCCUCUCCUGGCAUGCGGUACUUUACAUAAUAAAGUUGGCUAUGUCCUUGGUAGUCUCCUGUCCUGGACUCACUUCAGUGUCCUGGUGUGGCAGAAAAUUGACUGUCCCAAAACACCUCAGAUACACAAAUACUACUCCCUUUUCUCCAGCCUGCCCCAGAUAGCUUGUUUGGCAUUCCUUAGUUUCCAGUAUCCCCUUUUCCUCUUUAAGGGCUUAAAGGGCACGGAAAAGAACAAUGCUACAGAGGAUCUGAGCAGCAGCUACUACAGAGACUAUGUGAAGACAAUACUUAAGAAGAAGGCUGCUAAAAUCAGCACUUCGAGCACAGAGACGCCCAAGCUCCCUCAAAGAAUAAUUGAUGCUGUGAAGUCAUACAUUUAUACACCAGAGGAUGCUUUCCGUUUCCCUCUGAAGUUGGCUAUAUCCUGCGUAGUGGCCUUUAUAACCCUGUAUCAGGUGGGUCUGCUACUGAUCCUUACAGUGGUGCCAACUCUUCAGACAGCCCGUGCAGGAGUCGAUGAGGACAUUGCCAACGUUUUAGCUGGCUUCAAGAUAAUUCUGUCUCCAGACAAACAUGAAGUAGUUCGAUUAGUUGUUUAUUACAUGUGGUGUGUAGAAGUGUGCUAUAUCUCAGCACUGACCCUAUCUGGUUUGGUCAAUCUGGCUAUGCUCAUGCGCUCCAUGGUUCUGCAUCGGUCAAACCUGAAGGGGCUGUACAGAGGAGAUAUCUAUAAUGUUUACAACUGCCAGAGAAGCAUCAGGGCUUCCCGGCCUGCACUGGUCUGCUGGAUGGGAUACACCAGCUUUACAGCAGCUCACAUUUGUAUCGGCAUGCUCAUCCAGGCUAUGGUGUUCUUCCUCUGCCUUCUGAUCGCUGUCUUCCUCAUUAUCAUACCUGUUUUACACGGACAGAAUCUGGUUCUCUUUAAGAUGCUGUGGAGCAUGUGGCCCUUCUGGCUCAUGAUCCUUUUGGCUGUUUUGAUACAACACAUCACCGCCAGGUUUUGCUUCAUCAAAAAAACAGCUGGCACACGAGACCUAGACAACAGGGGUAAUCUAUUCCUGCUGACGUAUCUGCUGUUUCCUGUCAAUGUUCUGAUCGGGGUGCUGCUGGCCAUCUGGCGCAUUGUCAUCACAGCCCUGUUUAACAUCGUCCAUAUGGGACGCACGGAUAUCAGUCUUCUUAACCGCAACGUAGAGGCAUUUGACCCAGCCUACCGCUGCUAUGCUCAUUAUCUGAAGAUUGAGGUUAGCCAGUCUCACCCUGUGAUGAAGGCCUUCUGCGGGAUGCUGCUGCAGUCUGUGAGCCAGGAGACCAAUGCUGCACAGAGGUCACGGGAUGCCGAAGAGGGGAUCCAGCUGGUCCACCAGGAGAAGAAACAGCACAAAGUGUCCAGUGCCAAACGGGCCCGUGGGCACUGGCAGCUCCUCUACACCCUGGUCAACAACCCGUCCCUGGUUGGUACCAGGAAGCACUUUCAGCGUCAGACCGCAGAGAGCUUUGUGAAUGGAAGCCUCAACCGUAAUACCAAGGAGGGGAGCAAAAAGGAGGCAGCGACCAAGGAGGCAGAGGCCGCCGCCAGCAACUGAGAAAGAAUGUGUCCCUCAUGAAAGAUUGGCUUCACAAUUUUUAAAUGUUUUUUUUUUUUUUGGACAAAUUAUAUAAUUAAAUAUUAUAUAACUGCAUGCAAUUAUAUAAUUUGUCCAUAGUGAUAUUUCUGCAUUUGUUGGCACCAGAGCACUCACAGUGUAAUUCAGCACACUCAGCCUUUCCCAUUGGUCUGGAGAUUGUGUGUUCACUUUGUGUGUUUCAUGUCCCACUGGUUGUUUGUUUAUGUGUGAUAGUUUUCAGUCUGAUUCAAAGGCUUGUGUGGCACUGAUCUCUCAUCUACCAAAACUAUGAUGUGUCAUCUUCAACACAUUUCUGUGCUUAUUUUGUGGCAUCGUUCAUUUCUGUUUCAACCUGCAGUUUAAUUCCAUUUUUUCCCAAUAGGCCCAGACUGGUGCAGUGCAGAUAAUGCAAAUUUGAACUUAUCCAAACUAAACACUGAAUAUCCAGUCCACAAAGCAUCCUUUGCAACAGGGUAUUUAUAUAUAGAGCAUUUGAGUAUUUAUGAAUUUACACAAUGAGCUGUUUUCAUAGACUGGUUAAUAAAUUGUUUGGUGUAAUUACCAAUAACGUGGGUUAAAAACUUCAACGCAAAUGAAACUGACAUUUUCUGUUUUGUGACCUUUAAGUCAAAAACCACUUGCUGCUACCAGCCUUUUCUUAAUAUUGUCUGCAUUCUUUUGCAUUUACCAACAUGUCAUCGUUUGUUUCUGCAUUUACAGUUCCGAAUUUUAUUUAGGUAAGAAAAAAAUAUGAAAACCCGAUUUUUUUGUGAUUACUGUGAAAAUAAAAAUGAAAAACAGUU